CGGAAGCAAAAGUUCCUUCGAACUGUUUGCUGUCACAGAAAGACUUUAGGCAGGUACACUGUGGGCCAAGUAGGGGCCCUUAGCGUGGAGUCUCAGGAUCCUAUUGUCCACUUCAAGCGGAGAUGAGCAAAGGCAAAAGCAAAGGGCAGGAGAACGUGUCGAGUUCUCUCCUCAGCAGCCUGGAAAAUGAACGCCUGCAAGAGCUGCUGGGCAGGAGAUGUGUGGCUAUGGCCACGGCAGUUGUGCAGUUAUACAUGGCCCUUCCUCACAGUCCGACCGAAUGGAGUCUCCAGCAUACAGGAGUCAUGUGUUUCGUAAAGGACAAUCCCAGACGUUCAUAUUACAUCCGGCUCUUUGACAUUAUGGAAGCGAAAGUGGUUUGGGAGCAGGAGCUGUAUAAUCAGAUGACAUAUUCCUGUCCGUUGAGGUUCUUCCACACUUUCGCAGCCGAUGACUGUCAAGUAGGUUUGAACUUUGCCAGUGAGACAGAAGCCGACCUGUUCAGAAAUAUCACAGAAGAAAAGAUUAAUCAGAGAACAAACCGCCAGGAAAAAAGACAGCAUGCUCCAUCUGAAGAUAAACGGCCGCUACCACAAAUCCCUCCACCAAAUGGUCCAGUUUCACAGCCAAGUGUAAUGGCCACAGUAGACAUCCAGAACCCAGAUAUUGUGGCAUCAAGGUACCGCUCAACCUCAGUGCCGACCCCUGCACCAGCCUGCAUCACCACUGGCAAAAAAGACAAAAAAGGAAAGAAGAAAGGCCCAAAGCUCACUAAGGCAGACAUCGGUGCUCCUAGUGGAUUCAAACACGUCACUCAUAUUGGGUGGGAUCCAAACUCUGGCUUUGAUACCAAUAAUCUCGACCCUGACUUGAAGAAACUGUUCAACAUUGCUGGUAUCAGCGACGCACAGCUGGCAGAUAAAGAAACAUCUAAACUUAUCUAUGACUUCAUCGAGCAGUCUGGAGGUCUAGAUGCAGUAAAAGAGGAAAUGAGGAAACAGGUCCCAGGAGGUCCUCGUUCUGCUCCUGCACCUCCUCCACCUCGUGGUGGGCUUUCCUCAGUCCCUGGACCAACCGGACGACCUCCACCACCAUCACGCAGUCCGGGACCCCCACAUCGUGGUCCACCACCCCCUGCGCCACAUUGUAACCGCUCUGGACCUCCACCACCACCACCACCUAGCCAGAGUCACAAACCACCUCCUCCACCUAUGGGUGCAUGUGCUCCUCCUCCACCACCGCCUCCACCUCCUCCACCUUCCUCGUCCGGUAACUUCUCCAGUAGCCCCGUAAGCUCAGCUCCACCUCCUCCUCCCCCCUCUGGUGGUGGUGGUGGGGGUGGAGGGAGAGGAACUUUACUGGAGGAAAUUCGGCGUGGACGUGUGCUAAAAAAUGUGUCUGAAUCCCCGGACCCCAACCCUCCAGCUCAAGAGGAAUCCUCAGAGGGAAUUGUGGGAGCUUUGAUGAUGGUGAUGCAGAAAAGGAGUAAAGUUAUCCAUUCAUCAGAAGACGAAGAGGAUGAUGGGGGCGAAGAAGAAGAAGAUGAUGAAUGGGAUGACUAAUGCUUCUCACUGCUACUGGUUCACACAUAGCAUCUAAAUCAAAACAACGAGAUGAUAAAGCUGAUUCUCCACACAAAUUAUUUAAACAAAAGGCAUGAAAUCCUGAGGUUAUUCCAGAUUAAAGUAGCGCUGAAUCUGAUCUGCUAGAAAUCCAAUAAAGCAGCAUAAACCAAA